GAUUUUCAAAACUAUGGUGUCUAAAGGUCAAAGACACACGUCGAAUAAUUGCAAGCGAGGUGAAGGGUGUACUGUGGACCGGUAUGGGAGGGUGUGUGACUGGACUGGAAUGGGAGAGCGUUUUAGGUCAGACUAUAGGCUAUUAGAGGCGAAGGCCACAGACAAAAAUAGGACAAACUCGUAACUACUGUGUUGUAAACACUGUGACACACACCCGUCCCCUUAUCAUGCUCUAGAUUCAAAAUAAUGUAUUGUAUAUAAUCAUUUCUAUAAUCUAUCAUAGUGUUAUUUAUCAAGUUCAUCGAUUUUAGAUUGAAGGUAAAUUGCGACUUUAGAUUGUGUGUGUAGAAUGUGUGGUCGUCGUGUAUGGAUAUACUUGACUGUCAACAACCCAUUUUGGAUUGAAAGUUCUUGAUUAUCUUCGGCAGUCUGCCUUUUGGAACGCAUUUCGCAGAUCGAAACUGAAAAUUACUAAACGUAAUGUCAUCACUACCUCUUUAAAGGAGCCUCUUCGAGCUCCAUAACAUGUGAUCAGUUUGUGCCGCGCUGUGAUUUUCUAUUGGACGCUCAGAGUUAUGCCUCUGCGAGCCGCAAUCGUGGUUGAUUGGCUUAUUUUAGUGCUGGUGUAUGCAUGCCAUUCGGGCAUCUUUACGCGCGCGCUGUUACCUGUUGUAAUCUUUCAUUGGCUAUACUGGUGUUUUCCCUGAAAAUACCAUUGCAUCAUUGGUCACAAAUGUGAGCUUCACACUCGUGGAUUGGUUGGUGCCUAUGUCAUGCCUCGUGAAUGCGGAAGUCGUGGAGUCUACUGAGUCACCGUUGUAUCAGCUGAUUCUUUCUGAGUGAGAGCCGUCGCUGACACAGCGGAGCCCGGACGAGGGGAGGAGAGAGGGAGCUGGAACGGAGAGCCCAGGGUACCUGUCUACAGCACUGACGGACAGCAUGGGUGAAGAGGGGCCCCCCAGUCUGGAGUACAUCCAGGCCAAGGACCUGUUCCCCCAGAAGGAGCUGGUGAAGGAGGACGAGAGCCUUCAGGUGCCGUUCCCAGCGCUUCAGGGGGAAGGGGUGGAGCACCUGGGCCGAGCCGAUGACGCCAUCAUCGCCAUCUCCAACUACAGGCUCCACAUCAAAUUCAAGGACUCCAUCAUCAAUGUCCCCCUCAGACUGAUCGAGAGUGUGGAGAGCAGAGAUAUGUUCCAGCUGCACAUCAUCUGCAAGGACUCCAAAGUAGUCAGAUGCCACUUUGGCACCUUCAAGCAGUGUCAGGAGUGGCUGAAGCGUCUGAACCGGGCCAUCGCCCACCCGGCCCGGCUGGAGGAGCUGUUUGCCCUGGCCUACCACGCCUGGUGUCUGGGGGGCAGCGCUGAUGACGAGGACCAGCACGUCCACCUCUGCCGUCCAGGCGAUCAUGUCCGCCAGAGGAUAGAGAUGGAGGUGAGGAGGAUGGGCUUCGACAUGCAGAACGCCUGGAGAGUGUCCGACAUCAACAGCAACUACAAGAUGUGCUCCAGCUACCCCCAGAAGCUGCUGGUCCCUGUGUGGAUCACUGACAAGGAGCUGGAGAGUGUGGGCUCCUUCAGGUCCUGGAAGAGGAUCCCUGUGGUGGUCUACAGGCACCAGAGGAACGGGGCGGUGAUCGCCCGCUGCAGCCAGCCUGAGAUCAGCUGGUGGGGCUGGAGGAACACGGAGGACGAGUACCUGGUCACCUCCAUCGCCAAGGCCUGUCUGCUGGACCCAGGGACCCGCACCUGCGGGCCGGCCGCAUGCAGAGCCCCCCACGCAGACGGGCCGGACGGCUCCGAGAGCGACUUUGACUCCUCUCUGACAGGAUGCCCAGGCCCCGAUGCCAACGCUGCACCACAGAAGCUGCUGAUUCUGGACGCUCGCUCCUACACCGCUGCAGUGGCCAACCGAGCCAAGGGCGGAGGCUGUGAGUGUGAGGAGUAUUACCCCAACUGUGAGGUGAUGUUCAUGGGCAUGGCUAACAUCCACGCCAUCAGGAACAGUUUCCAGUCUCUGAGGACAGUAUGCAGCCAGAUCCCAGACCCGGGAAACUGGCUCUCAGCUCUGGAGAGCACCCGUUGGCUGCAGCACCUGUCCGUCAUGCUGAAGGCAGCCACUCUGGUGUGCUCGGCGGUGGAGAGGGAGGGCCGUCCCGUCUUGGUGCAUUGUUCUGAUGGGUGGGACCGCACCCCUCAGAUAGUGGCCCUGGCCAAGAUCCUGCUGGACCCCUUCUACAGGACACUAGAGGGCUUCCAGGUGCUGGUGGAGACCGAGUGGUUGGACUACGGGCACAAGUUUGGCGACCGCUGCGGUCACCAGGAGAACGCCGACGACGUGAGCGAGCAGUGUCCCGUCUUCCUGCAGUGGCUGGACUGUGUUCAACAGCUGCUCAAGCAGUUCCCCUGUCUGUUUGAGUUCAACGAGGCCUUCCUGGUCAAGCUGGCCCAGCACACGUACUCGUGUCUGUACGGCACGUUCCUCUGCAACAACGCCAAGGAGCGCGAGGCGCGGAACAUCUACAAGCGCACCUGCUCCGUCUGGUCCCUGCUUCGCACCGGGAACAAGAACUUCCAGAACUUUCUCUACAUCCCCAGUCACGACAUGGUGCUGCAGCCGGUGUGCCACACGCGGGCGCUGCAGCUGUGGACGGCCGUCUACCUGCCCACCUCCUCCCCCUGCACGGCCGCUGAGGACGCCAUGGAGUUGUACCUGUCCCCCAGCGGCCAGGGAGACGAGCUCAGCUCACGCUCCCUCGACAGGCUUCCCAAGACCCGCUCCAUGGACAACCUGGUGUCGGCGUGUGAGAACGGAGUGGCCCUCACUCGCACCUCCAGCGACCCCAACCUGAACAAGCACUGCCAGGAGGCCCGGCCCACCCUGGAGCCCAUGGCCCCCAUGGCAGGAGGCAGCGGGGACCCCGCAGAGCUCAGCCCGGACACGGGCUUGGACAGCGACGACUCAGAGGUGGAGCCUGUCCCCCACACCCCGCCCUCCACCCCUCUGAAGCCGGGGACCAGUUCCGAUAGUUCGGAGGAGCAGGAGCCCUGUCUCACCACGCAGCCCCUCCCCUCUCUGCCCCUCCCUCCUAUCCCCUUAGAGCAGGGCCUCCCCCUGCCCCUCCCCACGCCCAUCCUGCACCAGGCCCUGCCCCACACCGCCAUCCCCCCUCUCCCACCCCCUCCCCUGCCGCUAGAGGCUGAGAGCCCCUCCAGGACUGCUGAGCUCAGCCCCUCCCCGCCCCACCCUGCAGAACCAGGCUCACCCCUUGCCUGCAGCAGCCCUCCUCCUUCUCCUCCUCCUCCACACAGCCACAACGGCUUCCUGGACGCCCCUCCUGACCUUGGCUCCUCUGGGUCAGCCCAGCUGCUGGUCUUCAAACAGCCGGACCAGAUGCUCCCCAUGGAGGGCUCCACGGAGACGCUCACAGACGACACCGAGGCCCCCCCAGUCCUGCCCCCCAGCAGGAGAGGGAGCCAGGACCAGGAUGAGGAGAAGUCCCAGGCCCAGCUUCACGAGGUCAUUCAGCCUGAGCCUCAGCCCCUCCUCCAGCCUCAGCCCCUCCUUCAGCCUCAGCCCCUGCCCCAGGCAAAGCCUCAGGCCCAGCCCUGCAUGCCAGAGAAGGACAAGAGGAAAACCGAGGCCGUAAACGGGGGCGAGCUGGUGCCUGUAAGGCAGCGGGCGGUAGCAGCCACCUCCGUAGCCGUGCCGGCGGCGGCGGUGGCCCCGUUGGACUGCGCCCACGCAGCCCGCCGCCUGAUCUCCCAGAGCCAGCUGACGGACCUGUCUCUGCUGGGCUCCCACUGGGAGAGCGUCCAGGGCCUGGUCCAGUCAGCCUGCAGCACCGCCAGCCACUCGGGCAUCUGCCGCGCCCUGCAGCCCACCGCCAGCGCCGCCUACCACAGCCGGCGGCUGGCGGGGAAGCUGCUGAGGGCCCAGGGCCUGGCCGUCACCAACGGGGGCCAGUGCUGUCGCCGGGAGGCGGCGCGCGGGGCCAGCAGCCCCAUCCAGUCAGGCUGGCUGUCGGCGGUCAGGGGCCCGGCCUCCGCCGCCGCUCCCUGCGGCCCCGCGUCUGCCUCCUCCUGCCGGCAGCUCCUCCCUGUAUCGCACGCCUCGCCCUCGGGCUCCCCGCCGCCCCCCCAGUUAGCGGCGGCGGCGGUGCCGGCCUACCUGGACGACGACGGGCUGCCGGUCCCCGUGGACGCGGUGCAGCAGCGCCUGCGGCAGAUCGAGGCGGGCUACAAGCUGGAGGUGGAGGUGCUGCGGCGGCAGGUGCGCCAGCUGCAGAUGAGGCUGGAGAGCAAGCAGCACGGCACGCCGCCCUCCGAGCCCGACGUCGACUACGAGGACGACAUCACGUGUCUGCGGGAGUCGGAUGACAGUGACGAGGAGGACUCACUGUCUGACCACAGCGAGGACCGCUUCUCCGAGGGCAGCUGGGACCGUGUGGAGCAGAAGGACACAGAGGUCAGCCCUCAUAGUCUGCUUCAGGUCACGAGGUGGGUCCCUGACCACAUGGCUUCCCAUUGUUUCAACUGUGACUGUGAGUUCUGGAUGGCCAAGAGACGUCAUCAUUGCAGGAACUGUGGCAACGUGUUCUGUAAAGACUGCUGCCACCUGAAGCUGCCCAUCCCAGACCAACAGCUGUAUGACCCGGUGCUGGUGUGCAACACCUGCCACGACCAGCUGCUGGAGUCCCGGAACCGCGAGAUCCGCAGCCAACAGCUCAAGAAGCCCAUCGCCACCGCCUCCAGCUGAGAGCGACCUGCAGCCUGGCCUCCCUGCAGCCUGGCCUCCCUGCAGCCUGGCCCCCCGCAGCCUGGCCCCAUCUGGAUCAGCAGCUCCUCAGCUUUGGACAGACAAACCGAGUGCCCCCUCUCCCCCCCUCCCCCCCACCACUACCCCGACCCACUGUGGUCUUUUCUGUGGGUGAACAUGAGGAGGACUGGUUAGAACGAUGGUAGGCCUAGGUCUGGAAUGGAGCCGCACUGUGACUGUGAGAGGAAGGUGUGGAGGAAAGAGGGGGGGGGGCGUGGUGUGGAGGGGGGGGGGGGGGGUGUUUGACCACAAACUGACAGAAGAAGAAGAAGAAAGGUCAGGAAAGAGGUGGUCCUACUGAGCGUGAACCUGUUUGGUUAAAGACAUUUCCAGCCUGGAGUGCUGCAGCGUCCUGCUGCCCCCAGGGCUUUGUCCUCAACUGGUGCCCUGCCCCCCUACACACACACACACACACACACACACCUCCCCUGCACCUUGAACCUCAGGGAGGGGCUUCACCUAUUCACCCCUCCCCCCCAAGUAGUUUCAACAAAAACAACGUAUCCCCUCUCCAAACACACCUAGAUAAACACUCACACACUCCUCAGAGGACAAUCUCUCACCUUCCCAAGUGUUGGGGACUCCAAAGCCUUUCCCUGUUAUACUGGAGGCUUUCAGAAAAAAUGCUGCUACAGUAUUUAAAAGUCUAAUUUUGUAUUCUUAUUAUUUUGUGCACUACAAACUGUUUGUGUAUUGAGGGAAACUGAGACCAAACUCGAGUGAAAGGGAGAAAUCUGCUGUUUACUUGCCGUUGUAUCUUUCUGUGGAGCCUGAAUGUAAUGUUUAAAAAAAUGGGUAAGAGUAACUGGAAGACUGCUAUUGUUUAUGUUCAUGUGCAUCAGUGGGUUGUGUACUUGUUCAUUCCUGCAUUGUGUUUUCAAAAAUAUACUGUAUGCACAGUCAAUGUGGUUCUGUCUUUAUCAAUGCUAAAGUAUAGCCAUGUCGCAACAAUUUGAGGAAUCUGUAGGGACAAAACCCUAUUUUACAUUUUGAGAUUUUUUCAACGAGAUAUGCACCCAAAUCUGUUAAAUUCAGGUAAAAAUAAAUAAAUUAAAAAAACACAUUUCAAAAAAGUACUCACAAUCUAAACGGCCACGUGUUGGAACAAAGCGAGCUUUUGCCAGUUGUUCCCAAAUACAGAGGGUUUCCUGCAAUGUUGAUAAGACUUGAAAUGAAAGGUCACUUGAAAGUGCGAUGAGGGUUAGGGGAGGGGGUGGGUGGGUAUUACCAUGGUUGAGAGAUGUGGAUGUACAGUAACAGCCCUCUCCUCAACUCGUCCCUGUCCUACAAUGUUCCUUGACAUUAAAGGCUCCAGAGACUGGAAUCAACAAAGUGCUAUAAAUGUUUCUUUCCUGUACCGAGGGGAGUUUGGCUUAUUCUCAUUUGUUUAUUGCAAGGUAUGUGUCUGUGUCUGAUGGUGUUCUCUUGAGACAAUAGUGCCAUAUUUUCCUUAUUUUUGUCUUUUUUUUUUUUUUAAGCCUUUUUUUCUCAUGGAUUCUAGCAGGAUACUAAUUGGCCACUGCUUGGUUAUGUAUAAUGGUACAGAUCGCUAGCUGCUUAACAACAUGGAAACAAACGACUAAAGAUCAACAGGGAAACUUCUAUUAGAAUAUGAGGCUACUGUGUUUAUAAUGGAUGAUCUGAUUUCAAUAAAUUAGUGAGCCUAUAUGGUUGUCCUUUGCCUAACAUUUUGGGGUUGUCAAGCGAUUUUGAUGAAGGUAAAAUCUUAGAGGAACCCAGAAAUGUAAUAUAUACAUAGUUAUCUGAUCUGUACUAGUGGCUAAAACCUGUCACUCAAUAAUUGUUGUAAAGAAAUGCACUGUAAAAGUCCUAUCCCAAGGGUUCUAAUAAAAAGAUGAUCUAUAU